AUGCCAGAGAGCUGUGUUAGUGGAGGCAGCUGUAACACGGACAUCAGUCUGUCGCUCAAUGGUUCCCAUCCUCGGAUAGAGGAUGGAGUGGUGACCAGGGACAUCUGUGGGGCGAGUUUUUGGAAUGGCAGCGUUGAUCGAUUCUCACACAUCAGAGUCAAAGCUUGCCCAGGCGAUUACUAUGUCUAUGAACUUGUGAAGCCACAAUAUGGGUGUUCAGCAUACUGCACUGCUGCCAUCAACUCUGAUUAUGACCCAUGUUACAACUACAACAUUCUCGACAACUACUGGAGAAACACCCUCAAUUACUGGUAUAUGUAUGGAUAUAUAUCUGGACAUGAUGAUGCUCGUGUUGAAUGGGAUGGCUGGUAUCGAUUCUACAUUAAUGGAUCGAGUGCUCAGAUGCCUGAGUGGUGUUUCAGUUCAAUGUCAUGUGGAGGUUAUAGUUCUCUGUGGCUCGAUGGCUCUCAUCCUCAGCUAGAAGACGGAGUUGUUUCUCGUGACGUCUACGGCUCUGUUAAUGGCCAGUGCAGUUCCUACAGAUCUGACCCAAUCCAAGUCAAAGCUUGUUCUGGAAAUUACUAUGUCUACAAACUAAUAAGGCCAAAGCCAUCAAUCCCAGUGCCUGUGUACUGUGCAGUUACAUUCAGCACUCCAAAUACUGAUCCCUGCUACAACUACACCAGUCUGGAUGAGCCUUGGAGAGCCACGGACAAUUCUUACAUCAGUAAUAUGUGCGAUUAUAAUGUCAACUGGAAUGGCUGGUACAGGCUGUUCUACAACGGUCAGAGCGUCCAGAUGCCAGAGUCAUGUGUUAAUAGUGGCAUGUGUGGCACUUCUAACCCACUGUGGCUCAGCAGCCCUCACCCACAGCGAGAAGAUGGAGUGGUGACCCGGCAAGUGUGCAGUUCCACUUGGAGUGACUGCUGUGGUUACAGAUCUCAUCCCAUACAAGUCAAAGCCUGUCCAGGAAAUUAUUAUGUGUAUGAGUUUGUCAGGCCACUAUUGUGUGCAUCUUACUGUGCAGAGGAGUUAAGCGAAGUGUGA